CCCUCCAACAGAUCCCUCCGCGGGGUCACACACACUUUUUACACAACACAAACAAACCAGGCGGUUAUGACAGAGAGCUGGGCCAUACGGACACUCUGCUGGGCCACAGUCUGUUGGAAGGCUGCCUUCAUCCCGGCGCUGGUUCCAGGACGGAGCGGCCACCUGCUGGAGCUGUAGGACAGGUUUUCUGGGAUCUACUUCUCCUGCUGGGGCUGACAGGCGGUGCUUCGGUCGCUCCCAAACAUGGCCUCCAUGACGGAGCGACCACUUCAAGUUUGAUUUCUCACUGAUUAUCUGCGUCCAAACUGCGUGUUUUUCCUUCCACAGCUCACGGGAAUGUUUCCACGGAGCAGCUCUGUACGACAGACACCAGAAGCAGAUGUUUUCUGUCGCAAAAGUUCGGUGCUGAUCACGUCGCUCUAAGUUGACUGAAAACUGGAGAGGAAAAGGAGAACCGCGUCAAAUCAAAUGCCCUCUGAGGCUCGGGAGCCUCGGGACAGAGGACCCCCCCAUCCCCUCACGCGGGCUGGACGCAGCGCUCAGCUGGCCAAAGCUGCAGCCACUAGCUCUGCCACUGAGAAGCGACCCCGCGGGCGGCCUCGGAAGGAUGGGAACCACGGCCGCCCAGCGCCUCCUGCUCCUCCUUCACCCAAAUCCAAGAAGAAGGGGCGAAGCCGAGGAAGAGCCCAGGUAGAGGGUGAAGAAAGCACGGGGACUACAGAGAAGAGGCGACUCCAGAAGAAGACAGAGCCCAAGGAGCCCUCGGAGGCCAAGGGAUCGCAGGAGCCCCAGGAGCCCUCAGAGGCUAAGGAGCCCAUGGAACCCAAGGAGCACAAUCAACUGCUGGAGCCCAAGGAGUCCCUGAAACCACCAGAGCUCAAGGGACCGCGGGAGGCCAAGGAGCCCACGAAGCUGCUGGAGCCACCAGAGGCCAAGGAGCCCAUGGGGCCUAAGAAGCUUGUGGGGUCCCGGAGGUCCAUCUCCAGGCAGAAGUCCCAGAAAAACCCUGAUCCAGACCUUGAACUGAGCCAGGUUGGGCUCAGUGCCUGUCCUGAACCAGCUCCUGAUCCCAGAGUCCCAAAGUGCAGCUCAAAACCAGCCCCUGUUUCUGAGGAGGAAGACAGAACCAGAACUGGUCCUGUUACUGUUGACCUGUUAUCGCAAUACGUCCCUGUGGAGGAUGCUCAGGUCUGCGCCCCAGAACCGGUGGAACCUACCCACAGCCCCACCCCUACGGAGAGCAGCUGUCCCAGUAGGGUUUCCAUGGACACCAAGGAGGGCUGUGGUGUCAAUCCGGUGCAGCAGAAUCCAGACCUGAGUCCCCACUCCAGUCCUUCGGUGUCCCUUUGCCUGGAGGAUGAGGAUGAGAGCUCCCUUUCCCCCCUGUUCCAGCACUCCCCAUCAGAGGAAUCAGGGGGCUCACCCGCCCCAACCCUGGGACAUGCCAAGAAACGGCUGAAGCAAUGUGCCUUCUGUUACCGCGGCGACCAGCCUCCUCUGGGCCAGGGUCGCCUUGUGGUGUUUGGUCCAACGCCAGGCUACAUCCCGCUCCACAUCCUGAACCGCCGCACCUCCUCUGAUCGUGUCGAUGACUGCCAUGACCACUGCUACCGUGGAGACAGGGCCCCGCCCACGUGCAGCAGCCCAGCACUGUGUGAAGAUGAAUCUUCUUCAGAGUUCAUGCGGCAGCUCGGACCCAUCGGCCUUCCACACGACAUCAACGUCCAAUCACUGUUUGACCCCACAGGUCAGUGCUGUGCUCACCUGCAGUGUGCCGCCUGGUCAGAAGGUGUGCGGCAUGGCGAUGGCCAGUCGUUGCUCUUUGUGGACAAAGCCAUCGACUCAGGAAGCAGCCAGGUAUGUGGGUUCUGCCAACGCCUGGGUGCUUCACUACGUUGCCAGGAGACGGGAUGUGGGCGGAGCUACCACUUUCCCUGUGCUGCUGCCGCUGGCGCUCAUCAGGACUGGACCCGAAGGCUUACGCUGUGCCCGACACACGCCCGUCCAGGCUCCUCGAGGUGUUUGUCAUGUUUGGGCGGAACCGAAUCCAGCAACUUGUUGAUGUGCUGUUGCUGCGGUAGCUGUUACCAUGGCAGCUGCCUGGAGCCAGCUCUCACCCCAUCCCCUCUGGUCCGGUCCGGGUGGCAGUGUCCCGCCUGCAGGGUGUGUCGCAGCUGCAGGUUACGGGGCGACGAAGGCCUGCUGCUGGUGUGUCAGCGCUGUGAUAAGGCCUACCACACACACUGCCUCUCUCCUCCUCUGGACGGCACAUCCAACAGCGCUUGGACCUGCAAGAACUGCAGAGUAUGUCGCCGAUGUGGUGUGAGAUCAUCGGGUCAGUGGGCCAAUCAUCAGUUUUUGUGCGAGUCAUGUGACCCUGCCCUGCCCUGUCCUCUCUGUUACUGUGCUGUUGACUUUGCCUCGCCACAGGACAGUCUGACCUGCAGCAGCUGCUACAGGUCUGUUCAUGCGGAGUGUUCGGACCAGGCUGGGGAACGCACAGCAGAGUCUGACCUCUACCUCUGCUCCUCCUGCAGCCCUUUGGAACAGCAGCUAGCCCCACCCUCUGACACCUCUCUGGCACUUAGUCCACCUGCUGCUCCUGAUCCAGGCCAGCUCAUCUGCCUGGAGCUACCACCUAGUCCUCUGCAGAAUCUGAACUUAUCAGAGCUUCAACCUAGUUCCACAACCACUUCUGCAGACCACCCAAUAAGUUCUGUAACAAGUGAAAGCAUUCCUGGAACGUCUCAGAAGGACCUCAAACUCAUUCCUCCACGAUCUCCAUCGUAUCGGAAGGAUGGUGUUGCAGUGUCGCUAGAAGUCCUUGAAAGAAGUCCAUCUCCACCUACAGGAGAUCAGAGGCACACAUCAUCACCGGAGCAGACUGACCUGUUGUUGUCACCGACUCUCACAAAAUACAAACCACCUGUCAUAUCACCAUCCGCCUUCAUUCAGAGUCUGGAGCAAGCUGCAGCCGAUCCCCACCGCAGCCCUGCGUCCCCUCCAGCCGAGCCAAACUGCAUCCCUGCGUCCCCUCCAGCCGAGCCAAACUGCAUCCCUGCGUCCCCUCCAGCUGAGCCCCACCGCAGCCCUGCGUCCCCUCCAACCGAGCCCCACCGCAGCCCUGCGUCCCCUCCAGCCGAGCCCCAGCGGAGUCCUACGUCCCCUCCAGCCGAGACCCAUAAGGUUCUUGUUGAGACUCUGAGUACUGCUUCACCUUCUUCCGAGACCCAUCAGAGUCCAUCAACACCUCCAGAGGAGACGCAUAAGGUUCCUACUAUGCCUCCAAGUGAGACCCUUCAGAUUCCUGCAUCAUCUUCAUUAGAGAUCCAUGAGAGUCCAUCAACAGCUCCAGCCAUGAUCCAUGAGAGUUCUGUAAGAACUCCUGGUGAGACCCAUCAGAGUCCAUCAUCAACACCCUCAACCGAGACCCAUCAGAAUUCUGUAUCACCUCCAGUGGUACAUCAGAGUUAUGAGGGGACCUAUCAGAGUUCUGCAGCCCUUCCAGCAGGGAUCAAUCAACUCUUACCAGAAGAAGCUGAAGUCUCUGGUGAAUUUUCUCUAAAGAUGGCAGAAAGUCCUUCCUCCACUAUAGAGGAGCCCCUUAAGAAUCAUGUAGUAGAGAACUCAAGCAUUGUCCUAAUUCAUCUUCCACUCAUCCUGUAUCAGAGCCCUUCAGUACCUCAACAGGAGGCCCAUCGGAGUGUUGCAGUACCAGCAGAUGAUUUUCCUCAGACUUCUACUACACUUCCUACACCAAUUCUAGAGGACAGCCAUCCAAAUCUUGGAUCAUCUCCAGAGCAGAGCCACCAAAGUCCCUUAUGCCUUGUACAAGAUCCUGAUAAAAAUGAUGCAUCGUCUCUAGAAGAGACCCAUAAGAGUCUUCUACCAUCUCUAAAGAAGACUCAACCCCAUAGAAACCUUGUUCCAUCAGCAGAUGAGGAGGUUACUGGUCAGGUCCAGCAGGCUUCUUCAGUGGAGACUAAAAACAACCAGGGACCAUCUUUAAAAGAGACUUUGUCACCCUCUCUACAGACAACCCAUCAAAGUCUGCUGCUUUCUUCUGAUCAGCAGAUUCCUCCAAUGUCUCCCCUAAAGUCUCAGCAACCAUCUGUGGAGUCUCCUGGUGAGAAAUAUGAAACUCCUUUUCCAGCUCCAGAAGGCACCGAUCAAUCUGAUCCACCCCUUAGCCACAUGUAUACAAGUCCAGAACCAUUACUAAAAGGUUCUGCUCCGUCUCCUGGGGAAACUUGCCAGAUUCAAGAACAUCCUCUGAAGAACUUGGGUGAAGGUUUGGUUCCAUAUCCAGAGGCCGAUCUCCAAAGUCUUGUUACAUCUCCUAAAAAUCUCAAACAAGAUCAUCCACCAUCUCUUGAAAGGACAGAAGACUGUCCUGAAUUAAACCUCGGAAACUUCUCAGAAGUGGCAGCUUUGUUGCUUAAAGAGAUCCAUCCAAGUUCUGCUGAACUACCACUUCUCCAAGAAAGUAGUGAUGGAGAUCACCAGGACAGCUUCAGGACAGCACAUUGUAUGUUGAGCUCAACAUUAUCUCACCCUGCUUCCAUUGACCAACAGUCACCUUCCUCAUCACCACACUUUCAGUCAGAAAACCAGGAAAGUGCCCUGCCACACCAACUUGAACCUGAAAGGCCUCCUCAGUGUCAGGCUAGUCCAACAGGAUUUGAGUUUGGUCCAGUGUCUUCUUGUCCUAGUCCAACCAAAAGUUCCCUCGUAAAGGUUCUGCAGAGUUCUUCUAAGCUUAGUUUGAACUCUCCUUCUUCUGAACCAGACUUCACAGAGGACCAACUAGGUACUCGAUCUCUGCAGGAACAUCUGGUUAACAACCCUCAGCCACAGAGUCUGAGUACAUCAGGGCUGAGUCCUACCAGGUUUCAACAAGGAUACCAUCUGGCACCUGAGGCACCGCUACAGAGACCAUGCAGUCCAGUAAGCAUCAUGAACUCCCAGCCCAACCAUAAAUUGGAAACUAGUACAUCUUACCCGCAAACUCCCAGAACACUGGACCACGCAAUCACUGGCUCAGACCUUCCACAGAAUUUCUGUAGUCUGAACCCUAAAUCACCACAGAUAUCUGGUACAUCUACCAAGAUGGCACUUGGAUCCUAUUCAGCUCCUUGUAGCCCUCACUCUCUCCUGGGGAAUCCUAGACCCCACAGUUCUUCACAACCUGCAAGUCCAGCUCACUACAAGAUGGUCAGGCAAAGUAUUGACUCUGGUGGACUGAAUCUGGAAGGUAUAGAGUUCACCCAUGACUCCUCUACAGUGCAAUCUGCUGAGAGCUACCGGCCUCACAUCCCUGCCCUACAGAUGCCAGAAAGCCUUGAUAAUAGUAGCACUUCUCUUGAACACAGUAGCCUAACUUACUCACCUUGUGUAAACCAGAGUCCUUACAAAAGUCUGUCACCAUGCACAAGUGAUAGUUCCAAACAAGCUGAGCCAGUGCCUACAAUGCCUACAAACCCUGCCUUCUGUCUCAAAGUCUUGCCAAUAGAGACUCACCACACACCACAGUCAGCUGGUCUCAUACCAGCGAGGUCCACAACACAACAAGAUGGCCCAGAGUCUCCAUCAUUAAUUGAAGCACAACUGGCUCAACCUGGUGACUCCAUUUCUGGUCAGGGUAAGGAUAUAGAGCUCCAUCCGGAUAGACUGCUCCACACUGAGGCCCUUUUUGACUUUGGUCCCACACAAGUCCACAGCUCUACAAUGACAUCUUCUACCCAUACUCUGUCAGCUAGCAGUUCUUUUGCCAACACUCUGACCAGUAUUCCCACAAAUGGUGUCUCUCCAAGGACUAGUUAUGCUGGUCUAGCUAAUACUGUUUGUAUAGUACAAACACCCGUUAGCCCACUUCAGAGUCCAGCUGUGGAUGGGACGGUGCCCCACAGACCCACGUCCAACCCUGGAACCAGUCCCAACCUUUGUCAAGCUCCCUACAGCCUGGGCUCUCUGUCAAAUUGGGUUCGGGCUGUUGAUCCUCCCAUCCAAAGUGCUACUGUUCCCUCUUACUCUGUUCUGGAUGCUGGUGCUGUCCAAACAGCAGAACCCAAUGAAGGGUCCCAGAGACCUGGUGACCCUGCUCAAUCUACUCAAAGCCUUGCCAGUCCUUCAGGCUCUGUCCACCCACAGGUUAGCCCUCCAUCUGAAGUAUUGACUUCAACGCUUCAGACUCCAGUUAGCUUUGUCAGAACGUCACAAGAAUGUUCUGUCCUUGGGGCAGUGGGUUCAGAAAGUCCUCAUGCUGGCCCCAGACCAGGUCCUGUGCAACUGAAGCCAAGUUCUGACACAAGUACCAUUGGUUCAUUGCCUCCAGAGUCUGGUUCUGAUUUUGGUCCUGGUCCUGGACAGCUACUGUUCAAUCUUGAUCCAGGUAACCAUGUUCAGCCAGUAGCUUGCUCUGAGCCUAAUCUUGAUUGUGGUGGUUCUGGUGUGAACUUUAGCCUUAUCCCUGAACGGCCUAGUUCUGGACAUGGUUGUGGACCUGCUGGAGCAGAACAGAGGAUCGCUGAGGAAGAGCAAGGAGAAGCGGCGAUGGAGAGUCCAGAAGAUGAGGAUGAUCCUGCUGAGAAGACUGAGGCACAAGGAGAUGAAGAUGAGAGUAGCCCAACACUGGGUCCGGUCUGUCCUUCAGGCCCCUCCUUUCCAUCAGUCUCCCUGUCCUCCUGUCCUCGCUCUCAGGCCACGGACCCUAGAGGAGACCGUCCUCCAUUGACUGAGAGGAGGAAUGUGGAGGAAGAGUACAGCCAAUCACAGAGCCUGAAUAAACUUGUUGCUAUGGCAACAGAAUCAACCAAAGAUGGACAACAGUCCCACUGCGAGCCUUCAGAGAAGCAGGAGAUGGGGACGACAGAGAGACACCAGCCAAUCAGAGAUGAGGAGGCGGGACCAGAUGGGGAGGAGACCUCAGAUGGCCCCUUUCUGGAUCUGGACCAAUCCUUGGACAUGGAAGUGAUGGAGCUGAUGACCUCAGCCACACCUCCCACCUCCCGCAGAGGAAAGUGGCGGAGCCUAAGGACCCUCCCUUCCUGGUCCCACCCCUCAGACGACCUGUCCAUCCGUCUACGGCAGUCUCCGUUUUCCACAGAGGCGUCUCCCGAGACCUCACCUGCCCGGACCCCGGUCACUCCUCCACCUCUGACUCCACCAACUCCUCCAUCCUCCAUAGAGACUUCGCCCCCUUCCCAGGCUCCGCCCACUGCCGUGUUCCUACUGACCCCAAAGAUUGGCAUGGGAAAGCCCGCCAUCUCCAAGAGGAAGUUCUCCCCUGGCAGGGCGCGGUCCCGGCAGGUACCACAGGGUUCGUGGUGCAGCAGCCGCAGGGCGCCGAGCCCUCCCUCAUCCUCCCAGGAUUCCACGGGGGAGGGAGGUUGGAGCCCUAAGCCCCGCCCACCAGACUCUCCUCUGUGGAGCAUGAAAGUGGGUCGGGGUUCAGGAUUUCCAGGCAGGAAGCGGUCCAGAGGUGGAGCUGCUGGUGGAGGAAGAGGUGGAAGAGGCAGGAGUCGGCUGAAGGCUCAGGAUACCCUCACUGUACUCCCUGGGGGAAGCUAUGUGGAGAUGUUUCAGGCAAAGGAGGAAGAGGAGAACUCCAUGCACAACACGGUGGUGAUGUUCUCCACCUCAGACCAUUUCACUCUCAAACAGGACAUGUGCGUGGUCUGUGGCAGCUUCGGUCGGGGCUCAGAGGGCCGCCUGCUGCCCUGCUCCCAGUGCGGCCAGUGUUACCAUCCUUACUGCGUCGGCGUCAAGAUCACCCGGGUGGUGCUGACCAAAGGCUGGCGCUGCCUGGAGUGCACAGUAUGUGAAGCGUGUGGCGACGCCUGCGACCCCGCCCGCCUGCUGCUCUGUGACGACUGUGACAUCAGCUACCACACCUACUGCCUGGACCCGCCCCUCCUCACUGUGCCCAAGGGCUCCUGGAAGUGCAAGUGGUGUGUGUGGUGUGUGCUGUGUGGCUCCACCUCGCCAGGGCUGCGCUGUGAUUGGCUGAACAACUACAGUCUGUGCGGGCCGUGUGGCAGCCUCAGCCAGUGUCCCGUCUGCCAGCGGCGCUAUGCACAGGACGAUCUGGUGCUGCAGUGCCAGCAGUGUGACAGGUGGGUCCAUGGCGUCUGUCAGGGUUUGGCCUCGGAAGAAGAGGUGGCGCUUGCUGCCGAUGAAGGCUUUGACUGCUCUCUGUGCCGCGCCUCCUCAGGGAGGGUGGAGCCUCUGGGUUCCUUCAUGGCUCAGAUGGUGUCCAGAACCAGAGAAGUGGACGUGAAGACGUAUACUCAGGAUGGCAUCUGCCUAACCGAGUCCGGUCUGACUCACCUGCAGGCCCUAGUCCAGCCUCUUGCAUCACCGCGCAAGUGCCGCAGGUGUAAACCCAAGUUGAAGCUGAGGAUCAUCAACCAGAACAUUGUCUCCGUCCUGCAGACGCCACCGGACCCAGAGACCCUCAUUGAGCCAGACCAGAACCGAGCUUUGUCUGCAGGUGACUUGGACUGUGAAAUGAAAUCUGACUCCAGUCCCGAGCGGGACGCCGCUCACCUGGAUGAUGUCACCAAGGAGACGGAUGUCACAGAUGACAACAAGAAGAAGAAGAGGAAACCUUAUAGGCCAGGUAUCGGGGGCUUCAUGGUGCGUCAGCGUGGGGGAAAAGCCGGGCUCUGCAGGAAGGACUCAUCAGAGAUGAACCCGAGUCGAGAUCCAGGUGUUUUGGAAACUGAUGUUUCCAUGGAAAUGAUGUCUGCUGCUGAGCAGGCAAUGGAGAAAGUUAAGAAGAGAUACAGGAAGAAGAAGACGAAGCUGGAGGAGGCGUUCCCAUCGUACCUGCAGGAGGCUUUCUUUGGGCGGGAUCUGCUUGACCGCAGCCGACAGAUUGACGGAAGGCCGAGGACAGUGACCUCAGGUGCCAGCCAAUCAGGAUCGGCAGUGAGUGUCUCCAAGGCCCCCCCCCUCAGAGCACAUGGCCCCGCCUCCUCUGUCCAGCCUCUGGGGACAGUAGCAACCAGCAGGAAACGGGGAGUGCUGCCCGUCACGGAGGAACUGCUGCUGGACCUUUCUGACGUCCUGAAAACAGACCCUCACAUCCUGGGGACAGGACGCACAGCUCUAGGUCAGUUCCAGGUGGAGCGCUCUCCGUCUCCCUUUGCUUGCCUGGAUAUUGCCUCGGCGGCCAACGACGCCCCCCUGUCAUCGGACACCCCUGGAGGUUAUGGGCGUUGCCAGAGGAUGGAGCGGGAGGAGCCUCUGGAUGCCAUUUUGAGCCCUGAACUGGACCAGAUGGUAACAGACGGAGGGAUCCUGAGCAGACUCUACAAGAUCCCAGAACUGGAGGGCAAAGAUGUGGAGGAGGUCUUCACUGCUGUUCUGAGUCCAAACAGCAGCAGGCAGCCAGAGCCCAGCAAGUCCCACAGCUCAGCAGCGUGUUCUCGGCUGCCGAACGGCCUGGUGGCCGCUGUUCCUCCCCUCCCUGAUGCUCCCAGCAGCGGCAGCCGUCUGCUUGGCUUCAGCUUGCCUUCUGAGGGCCCCGCCCCCUCCUCGGCCUCAGCCAAUCAGCCGUCAGCUGUAGAAGGGGAACAGGAUGUGAUGUCAACAGCUCAGAGAGGGACACUGAAGUGGGAGAAGGAGGAGAGUCUGGGAGAGCUGGCGACCGUUGCUCCAGUUCUUUACUGCAACACCAACUUCCCUCAGCUGAAGCAGCAGUACCCCGAUUGGUCCACUAGAGUGAAGCAGAUCACCAAGCUGUGGAGGAAGGCCAGCUCCCAGGACAGAGCGCCCUUCGUGCAAAAAGCUCGGGACAACCGUGCAGCCCAGCGCAUCAACAAGGUGCAGCUGUCCAAUGAAUCACUGCAGCGCCUGCAGCAGCCGCUGCCGCCGCCGCCACCCCAAGGGGUCUAUGACCCCAUCGGCAUGGAGACGGAGGCCAGCUGCAGAGAUCCGCUGAGGCCCAGGGAAUCGGAGCAGGAACAGGAGUGGAAGUUGAGACAGAUGAUGCGACAGAAGAGCAAGCAGCUGGCCAAGAUGGAGGCAACCCAAAAGCUGGAGCAGGUGAAGAACGAGCAGCGGCAGCAGCAGCUCCGCCAGUCGGGACGCCUUUCCCCAGAAGGCUCGGCCCACCAGCAGGUCGCCGGGGGCAACGCCACGCAGAGCAGGCAGAACCUCCCGCAGGACACGGGGACACCGGACGAUGUCUUUCUCAGACCUCAAGUCCCCGCUCCCUCUGGGUUCUCUUCACUCCCUCACUCCCCUUUGGCCUCCUCCCCCCUCCACCAGCCACCGUCUUCCCCCCAGAUGUUCUCCCCCCCCUCCUCUCGCCCGUCCUCACCCUGGGACCCAUAUGGUAAAGUAGCAGGUCCCCGUCAUCCUCAGCAGCAGCGCCUUGGCUUCCUCAGCGUCUCCCCCGCUCAUGAUGGCUCCCCUGCACUGUCCCCCGACCUGUCUGCCUCCGGUUUGACACCAAGUCGGGCCGGCAUGGUGAUCCCCUCCUCCGGCUCCCCCCCCGAUCCAUCUCUCAGACCCGUUCGGGCGGGGGACUCUAGCCAGAGGACAAGCCUGACGGUGCAGGGUGGAGUGUUUAAAGCCCCAAUGCCCCCCCACCAGGAGGCAGCAGGAAGGAGAGACCUGGGGUUCCCCAACAGCCCGGUGUCAGGUCUGGGCUCCCCCCACCGCAGCCCUUAUGCCCCGGGGACACCCCAGCUGGGGGACGCCACAGGUUCACGGCCCUCCCCUGACCCCUUCAGGGACCCUCAGACCCCCGGUACACCACAACCUCACUCUGACUGCGGCUACCUCGCCAUGCCCACAGCACUGAGAGCGGACCCGGUCAGUCAGCCGUCGCCGUCCAGCCUGGACUCCUAUCCCUCCAAUCCAGGAACGCCCCGCUCCGCGGAACGGUUCCCACGAUCCCCGGGGUCUCAGCGAAGCGUUGAUUUGUUCCCCCAGUCUGUGGGGAUGCCUCGCCCCCCUCCUGAGUCAUACCUGCAGCAGCCCUCUGCCCCCCAGGCUCAGAAGACCCUGGCAGAGAGCCUCACUGCCCCGCCUGCAGCGUCAGCUUCCUCCUCUCUGGGUCCUGGACUGAUGGUGGAGAGGGGGGCCUUCAGCCCUGCAGCCCCCAAGCUUCAACAGUCUUCAGGAAGCAGACAAGAGUUGUUGCCCAGAACCUGCAGCAGCCAGACCCCAAAGCACCCUGUGAUACCUGAGAAGGGAAUCGUCCAUGCAACGAAUCAGGAUGCUCUGGUGAAGGGUCUCAUAAUGACCAGCAUGUCACCGAUGGAGAAGUCAGGAACCGGUGACUUGUCCUCUCUGGAUGGAGGGAGGAGCAUGCUGCCUCAGCUUGGAGACUCUGAGGAGAAACAACAACAGCGCCUAUGGCUCCGGCAGCAUAUCCUCCGGCAGCAGCACCAAAAGAUUGCCUUACGCCAGGAGAAAGGUUUGCUGGAACCCACCUCAGGACCUGCUGGUUCUAGCAGCACUCUUCACAACUGGUCUGCUGAGGACUCUUCCAGCGCCCCUCCUCCAGACCCAUUUGAACGUCCUCCACCGCCGUACCCUGGUACAGUGAGACCUCUGACUCCUGGGUUUACGGGAGGUCUUCCAGGCGAGGAGAUGAGUGGCUUUACUCCCAGCAAGGCUUCCCUCCCCAGACAGAACCUCCUGAGAGGACCAGCUGUCAGGUUUGGUGUUCCUCAUGGAGUUGCCGCAGCCCUACAGGACCCUUCAGCGCGUCCAUCCCUUGGUCCUGCUGUGGGGCUCGGCUCCAUGGAGGGGAACCUGGUCCAAAUGAGGAGGCCUGUGCCAGCAGAGUUCACCAGCAUUCGGUCAUUGAUGCCCCACAACUCAGCAACACACAUGGUGCCAGGUGUUCCCCAACUCAUCGUCCAGCGGCCUGCUCCUCCUCAGCAGCACGGCGUCAUGCCCUACAUCGAGCUCCGACACCGCCCCCCAGAGAACCGUCUGAGGCUGCCCUUUCCCCCACCAAUGCCUUCAGAGCUACAGGAAGCCACGCCCACCAGAGACCCCACCCAGUCCACUGCGCCACGGCCGGGUCCAGUCAAGAUAGGGGAGGCAGGGCUGGGGCAGCAGCACCUGGGUUCUGCUCUCCCAGGAUCUGAGGGGAUUGAGGAGCACUUAGAGGGAGAGGACUCUGCUGUAAAGGAUCUGGAGGACGUGGAGGUCAAGGACCUGGUGGACCUGAAUCUGAAUUUGGACCCAGAGGAUGGUAAAGAAGACCUGGACCUGGGUUCGAACGAUCUGCAUCUGGAUGACUUCCUGUUGACAGGGAAGUUCGACCUGAUUGCCUAUGCUGACCCAGAGCUCAAUUUGGAGGACAAAAAAGACAUGUUCAACGAGGAGCUGGACCUUGGGGAGCCGGUAGAGGACCGGGAGGGGAGCCGACCCGCCAGGAAAAUGGGAAGCCCUGCCCACUUUCUGGGACAGGCAAAACAGGAAUUGAAGGAAUCUCAGAAGACUGAAGGUCACUCCUCAAACAGACCUCAAGGACCUCACUCUGGCCUUCUAAUCAAGGAGAAGCUGGAGGAUUCUGGUUUGGUUUCCUGUCCAGUCCCAGCCCAGGCUUUGUCCUCUGUCCACCCUCUAAUAACGCCAGGGGAAUCAUCUGUCUUCCACCAGAGACCAUUUGGAUCCGCACCAAUCCCCCAACCAAUUCCUUCUGGUCCUGCUCCUCAGGGUGCCCCCACCAUGCCUCAAUCUCAAUCAACUCAAUCUCCUCAGCCUCAACUUCUUUUAAACCCCCAGAACCAUCCUUCUCAUCCAGGCACUGAAACCCAGAGUAUGAGUUUGGUCAGCUUUCCUGAGAACCAAGUCUCCCUCCAGAACCAGAACAAGUCCAGGCCUCUCCUGCUGGAGGAGCAGCCACUCCUCCUGCAGGAGCUUCUGGACCAGGAGCGGCAGGAACAGCAGCAGCAGAAACAGAUGCAGGCCCUGAUCCAACAUAAGUCUGGCUCAGAGUCUGGAAUCUCUGACACGGAUUUUGAGUCCAUCUCUGACCCAAUCAUGAAGGCUAAGAUGCAGGCUCUGAAAGGUAUUAACAGGGUGAUGAGUCAGGGACCCCUGGGCCUGAACCCAAUGGUCAUCAACAGGUUCCAGCAGAGUCCAGGAGCCCCAGGUCCCGAGUUAACUCCUCCCACUUCUCACCUACCAGGACAGGACGGGAAGUUAACCCCUCAACUAGUGCGCCGCAACCCCCCCAGCUUUGGACCCGGCUUCAUCAAUGAGUCUCAGAGGCAGCAAUACGAGGAGUGGCUAGGCGAGACGCAGCAGCUUCUGCAGAUGCAGCAGCGCCUCCUAGAGGACCAGAUUGCAGCUCACCGUAAGGCCAAGAAGGCUCUGUCAGCAAAGCAGAGAACGGCCAAGAGGGCGGGCCGAGCCUUCGCUGAAGAGGAUGCAGCCCAGUUGCAGUACAUCAGUGAACAGCAGGGGGCAGUCCAGAAACAGCUGGAGCAGAUCCGUAAGCAGCAGAAGGACCACACUGAACUGAUUGAAGACUACAGGACCAAACAACCUCAGAGGAUGUUGCAGAUGCCCCCCCAGAUGCCCUUGGGGCAAGUCCUGGUCCCCCCUAAGCCCCGCCUGGGCGGCGCUGCCCCGAUUCACUGUCCAAACGUCCCCUCAGGCUGGACUCCAGGGUCUGGUCCUCCCAUGGGUCAGAGGAUGCUUCCACAGCUUCCAGCCCACAUGCCCCCCAACCUGCCCAACUGCCCCCAGGCCCCCCCUCUCAUCCAGACGACUCUGCCCAUGAAGCCAGUCCUGACUGCCCCUACGCCAGACUUAACUACCCCCCAGGGCUCCCUAGGGGGCGCCAAUGGCGCGCCAGGGGACGGAGCCACACCUCAGGUGAAAUUUGAUGACAACAACCCGUUCAGCGAAGGUUUCCUGGAGCGUGAAAGGAGGGAGCGCUUGAGAGAGCAGCAGGAGCGGCAGAGGAUUCAGCUGAUGCAGGAGGUGGAGCGUCGGCACACUCUGCAGUGGAGUCUGGACCAGCAGGACCGCUGCGGGUCCGGAGCAGCCGGUGUUCCUGGGAAACGCGGACCGGUUCCUGGUGGAGGAGCUGGACCGGUCAGCAGCGAGGACCAUCUGUCCCAGGGAGCAUUCUGCAGCUCCGAACCUGGACUGGACUUCCUUCCUUCCUCCACGGCCUCCAGGCAUCAGGUCCAGGGGCGUACAGGGGGCGCCAACCUCCACCAGGGCUUCCCAGGAGGUUCCCUGCCCCCCAGGGCCGCCCCCACCGCAGCUCUCCAUCCUGAUGUUGCCACAGAGCGAGGCAGCCUCCAGUUCAGGCCCAGGAUGUUGGGACUGCUGCGUCCAGCGGGGAUCAGUCCUCACCUGUUGGGACACGACUCCUCCUCGUCUUCACCGCUGACCCCACUCCCCCAUUCCUCUUCUGGAGGCCUAGCCUCCCUCGCUGAUAUCAUCCCUGACGACAAACCAAAGAACAGGAGAUCGAACAGAGCUGAGGAAGGAGCCAGAACUCCUCUGUCGCCACACUCUGACAUCACAGCUCCACCCACCCCGGCUGUCUCAGACAAGUCCUGCUCCACUCCCAGCCACCAACUGGACACUGGCUUCUCUGGCCUGGCUUCUUCACCUGACGCAGAGAGGCAGCAGAGAGGCAGCAGCGUGGAGGGCCACAGAGGCCCUGUGUCUGGGGGCAGCCUGGAAGUCAAGGAGGAGCUGAUGGAGGCGCAGCCCUGCCAGGGGAUCCCUGUGAAGGUAGAGGAGGCUGGGGAAGACUGCUUCUCCUCCCCCACCUCUCACGGGGGAGAUGGAGGGAAGGAGCUGCUCCGACACCUUCUGAGGGACAAAACGUCGCCCGUAACGAUGACGACUCCCUCCAGGCCAGCUGCGCACUGCCAGCUGUCCAAUGACGGCGUGCGAUCCGAGGAAGAUGAACCAGGUUUCCAUGGCAACAUGGUGCCACUGGUGGACGGUCCAAAGAAAAUUAAGCGCAGCAGGAGAUUGAGUCGACCCGACAAAGACAGAGCUCCAUCCAAGUCCAAGAGGAGGAGGAAAGAGGAGGACGAUGAAGAGAAGAGCUCCUCCUCUGACUCACUGAUGACCCAGCUGAGUCAGCUGUCAGUGCUGCCACUCAUGGAGCCCAUCCUGGGUGUAGACCUGAGCCUCUUCCCCCCAUGCGGCAGCUCCUCUAUAGGUAGAGACUCCCUGCUGAGAGGCUCCUUUGGGAAUGCCUCUUUGGAUGGCGUCUCAGACUUCUACUCCCAAAUCAUCUACAAGAACAACCUCAGUAACCCCCCCACACCUCCGGCAUCUCUGCCCCCCACACCUCCACCUGUAAGCAGACAGAAGAUGGUGAACGGCUUUGCCACGAUGGAGGAGCUGACCAGGAAGGAACUGAGCGAGCAGGAAGGGUUGCCAACUCUGAAGCACAAAGAGGAUGAGCUUCUCAAUCUAAACCAUGCCUCCAAGACCGUAGAUGUCCCUGCAUCCCUGCCAACGCCUCCCCACAACAACCAGGAGGAGCUCAGGAUCCAGGAGUCGUUGGAGUGCCACAGUCCGGAGGGGUUUGUCCCGUCCUCGUCUCCAGAGAGCGUGGUGGACAUGGAGGUCAGCAGGUACCCUGACCUGUCUUUCAUCAAGCUGGAGCAGCCCUCGCCCUGCCCAUCACCUACAUUACCCAUCAUUCCCUCCACCUGGGGCAAAGGCUUUUCAGUGAAACAGGAAGUGAAGGCAGAACCACACCUCCAAGUGCAAUCCACCUGCUCCAGCACAGACCUGGUUACCAUAGCGAUCACUCUGAACCCGGCCGCCUCUCAGAAUGUCCCGGGUGUGAUGGCGGCGGUGGCGGCGCUCCUCAGGGUACCCGGCCCCAUCAACUACCAGCUGAGCCAAGCGCCGGCGCUAGAGCGGAGCAACCUGGCCCUGCUGGCAGGAGUGCGUGUGCCGAUGUUGCAGGGUUCAGCAGCAUCUAGAGUGCAGAGAGCGCCACCUGCUGCCAGAAACUCGCCACGCUGCUGCAGCCGCUGCAAAAGGCUGCUGGUUAACGGAGUUCACUGCAGACAGGAAGGUGAGUCCAGAGACGUACCCGGUUUGGUGUUUUGCAGUCCAACCUGCUCCGCUCUAUUCGAGUCAGAGCAGCAGAACCGCUCUGCAAGACCCAAGCCUGCGGUGCCGGUGCUUCUGGCUGGUUCUGGCUCGACUCCUCCUGUCAGCAGAACACGGCACCAGUACGCCAACAACAUGUCCCCCAUUGCUGUCCAUUCUCUCCCACGCAUCGACUCUUCCUCCUGCUCUCCUUCCUCCUCCUCACCACCACUUGCCUUUCCACCUGCCUCUGCUAUUACCAUGGAGACUAGGCCCCGCCCUGACAGCCUCAAGGUGAAGGUCAAGCUAAAGCCCCGUCCACGGACUGUGUCAGGUGAUGACUCUCUGUGUCCUCAAAGCUCGAAGAAGAUGAAGAUUUCUCGGUGGAGACGCUGGAGCUUCAGCAUCACUCUCAACAGGGGUUCCCGUGUUGCUAACAAGAUGGGUGCCAUUCCGACAGAAGAGGAAGUGGAUGAGCUUCUGAAGGAGUUUGGAGCGUGCCUGCGUCCCGACCCGCUGCCUAGAGACCAGCGUAGGUGCUGCUUCUGCCACCAGCAGGGGGACGGUCUGACGGACGGCCCUGCUCGGCUCCUCAACCUGGACCUGGACCUCUGGGUGCACCUGAACUGCGCUCUGUGGUCCAGUGAGGUGUACGAGACGCAGGCGGGCGCGCUUAUCAAUGUAGAGCUGGCGCUGCGGCGGGGCCUGGCGCUCCGCUGCGCCCACUGCAGCCGCAGCGGCGCCACAACCGGCUGCAACCGGCUCCGCUGCACCAACACCUAUCACUUCACCUGCGCCCUGCAGGCCCACUGCACCUUCUUCAAGGAUAAGACCAUGCUGUGCUACCUCCAUAAGCCCAGGACCCUUCCUGUGAGCGGGGACAGGUCAUCCAGCUCCUCCCCGUUCUCCACGCCCGGCCCGACCUCCGACCCCACUCCCGGCUCCGACCCGUAUGACUCGGAGCUGCGCUGCUUUGCUGUAUUUCGGCGAGUCUUUGUGCAACGCGACGAGGCGCGGCAGAUCGCCGCUGUCGUGCAGCGGGGCGAGCGACAGCACACCUUCCGUGUCGGCAGCCUGCUGUUCCGCGCCGUUGGGAGGCUCCUCCCACAGCAGAUGGAUGCCUUCCACAACGAGGCUGCCAUCUUCCCAGUCGGUUACCAUGCCAACCGCUUCUACUGGAGCAUGCGCUACAGCAACAGACGCUGCAAGUACCUGUGCUACAUCGAGGAGCAUGAAUCCCGGCCGCUGUUCAAGGUCAAGGUGGUUGAGAAAGGUCACGACGACGUCGUCCUGACAGGGACCACGCCGACAGCGGCGUGGGCUCAGGUUCUGGAGGCGGUGGCCCGGAUGAGGAGCUGCAGCGGGACUCUGAAGCUGUUUCCUGUUUACCUGAAAGGAGAGGAACUGUUCGGCCUGAAGACGUCUGCCGUGACCCGGAUCAUCGAGUCUUUGCCGGGGGUCGAGGCGUGUGAGCGCUACACUUUUCGCUACGGCAGGAACCCCCUCAUGGAAUGGCCUCUGGCCUUCAACCCUUCUGGCUCGGCUCGCUCCGAACCCAAGGCCUGCCAGGCCAAGAGACCUUACCUGCUGACCAGUGUGGCCCCCAGGUGUCAGGGCUCAGUGGGCUCCAUCGUCGGCCUCGUUCCCGGCGUUCUGUCUUUGUCUCCUGGCGAGUCGGUGGCUGCUGCCCAUCAGGGCCGCCACUCCAAGUCGGCCCAGUACCGCCGCAUGAAGGCGGAGUGGAAGAGCAACGUGUACCUGGCUCGCUCUGGCAUCCAGGGACUGGGGCUGUACGCCGCCAGAGACAUCGAGAAGUGCACUAUGGUCAUCGAGUACAUUGGGACAAUAAUCAGGAGCGAAGUCGCCAACCGCAAGGAGAGGCUAUACGAGGCCCAGAACCGAGGCGUGUACAUGUUUCGGAUUGACAACGACUAUGUGAUCGACGCUACCAUCACCGGAGGACCGGCAAGGUACAUCAACCACUCGUGUGCUCCGAACUGCAUCACUGAGGUGGUGACGGUGGAGAAGGAGAACAAGAUCAUCAUCAGCUCCUGCAGACGCAUUCAGAGAGGAGAGGAGCUAUGCUACGACUACAAGUUUGACCUGGAAGAUGACCAGCACAAGAUCCCGUGUCACUGUGGAGCCGUGAACUGCCGCAAAUGGAUGAACUGAGAGCAUGGAGGCCUCUGGCGCACUGUGGGCGGAGUUAACAUGACAUCAUCACUGGUCUAUGGGCAGAGCUAGCAUGACACCAUAAUAAAACUGAUUAAUUAGAUCAGAGGAACUAAAGUUUAUACUUAAUUAAUUUACAAAUGGGACACAUUUAUAAUCUGGAGAGGGUGGAGUCUGUGCUGAUGGGGCGGAGCUUACUAAGAGGCUGGUCCUCACUGUAAAUUGGUUGUAAAUGUGAGUGUAAACACCACUGAAAUAAGCGAAUGUGUCGUCCUUUAACUUGCACUAAACAUUAAAUGACAAACACACACACACCUACCUGAUUCCACCGCUUGGUCCUCCCCUCUUCCUCCUCCUCAUCAGUUUCCUGUAAAAUAAGAGAUUUUUUUCUUUUUGUAUUUAUUAAUGAAUUAAGCUAUUUUCUAAAACUGCGGUGCAUUUGAGGUCCAGUGUGGCAGUGUGUAAAUAUCUGUACCAUAAGUAAAAAGUCAGACACAGAUUAGAGCACCCCCGCCCCCACUCCCUUGUGUGGACAGGCGUCUGUUACUUCACCCAGAGUUUAGGCUGCAGGCAUCUGCCGCCGUGUAAAUAUGAGGUUUAUUCAGGCUCUGCUGUGUACAGAUAGACGACAUGAAGCCUUGUCUCUGUUUUUUUUUAUUAAUGGAUGUAAACAAAGUGAUGUUUCUGGAAAAUAUGGUGAAUCUGAUUUAGAAUCAUUUACAGAAAAUAAAAUAUUUUACAUCUUAGAGAAA